CCGGAUUUUCCCUGUUGUCUGCGACGGUAAAAAAAAAUCAAUGAAGCGUCGCUCUAACCAGGAACCUCCCCUGGUGUGUGAGUAAGAGCUCUGUGCACAGGGAACUGAGUUUAUAGUGAGAUUGCUGCACUGACAGAGAGCACCCUGCGGAGAGAAAUGGACACUGUAGUGAUCGUGUCUGCGGCCAGGACGCCUAUAGGAUCCUUUAAUGGGGCCCUGAGCAGUGUGGCUCCUUCUGAUUUGGCUUCAGGAGUCAUUAAGGAUGUCCUGAAGAGGGCUGAUGUAAAGCCAGAUGAGGUAUCCGAGGUCAUCAUGGGACAUGUCCUCACUGCAGGUAAUGGACAGAACCCUACACGUCAGGCUAGUGUUGCCGCAGGAAUCCCGUACCCUGUGCCUGCAUGGAGCUGUCAGAUGGUGUGUGGAUCUGGUCUAAAAGCUGUGUGUCUUGGAGCUCAGUCCAUCAUAAUGGGAGAGUCCACAGUCGUGGUUGCAGGGGGCAUGGAGAGCAUGAGCCGGGCACCUCACACAGUGCAAAUGAGGUCAGGAAUCAAGAUGGGAGAUGGGACAUUGCAGGACUCUAUAGUGGCAGAUGGACUCACUGAUGCUUUUCACAACUACCAUAUGGGUAUCACAGCGGAGAACGUGGCUAAGCAGUGGGGUGUGACCCGAGAAGCUCAGGAUCAGUAUGCGGUCACGUCACAGAGCAGAACCGAGGCAGCCCAGAAGGCUGGUCACUUUAACCAGGAGAUUGUUCCAGUUAUUGUUCCUUCAAGAAAAGGUCCAGUAGAAGUUAAAGUUGAUGAAUUUCCUCGUCAUGGGAGCAACAUGGAUGCCAUGUCCAAGCUGAAGCCCUAUUUUCUGCAGGACGGGUCUGGCACCGUCACGGCUGGCAAUGCAUCAGGAAUAAAUGAUGGGGCUGCAGCGGCUGUGCUCAUGAGCCAAUCAGAGGCUCAGAGGCGUGGUCUCCAACCAAUGGCACGGAUUGUCUCUUGGGCUCAAACUGGCCUUGAUCCUUCCAUCAUGGGCACAGGGCCAAUAUCAGCCAUCAGAAAAGCAACAGAGAAGGCUGGCUGGCAGCUGUCUGAGGUGGAUCUGUAUGAAAUCAACGAGGCCUUCGCCGCUCAGUGUCUCGCAGUGGUUCAGGAACUUGGUCUGAAUCCUGACAAGGUGAACGUCUGUGGUGGAGCCAUCUCUCUGGGUCAUCCUCUGGGUAUGUCUGGCUGCAGGGUGCUGGUGACCCUCCUGCAUGCACUUCAGAGGACGGGAGGAAGGAAAGGUGUUGCUGCACUGUGCAUCGGAGGAGGAAUGGGAAUUGCAAUGUGUGUAGAGAGAAUUUAAUUCGCCCUCAAACACACAUGUACAGACCAGCUGCUGUUCUAGAAAACUGGAUCAGGUCUUACAAACAUACACUAAUUUGCUGAAAUUGUUUUAAAUUAUAUUACGGAAAUAGGUUAUAUUUUUAUAAUUCAGUCAUCUCAUUGGAACCAGUGAAUGGGAUUCUCUGAAGUAUUAAUUAACAAAUGAUCAUCUUUGAAAAACAUGUACAUAAAUCCUCAGUUCUACUGUGACUGUCCUUGUCUGAAGUUUACGUAGUUUGCAGUGCUUGGGGUAAGAUGCUGAAUGGGGUGAGAUUAAGAUAUCUUAAGAUAUAAACCUAAAACUAAAGUUUAAAAUCUUCUAUCUGCUCUAUUAUCGUAGUAAAUUAUCGUAGUAAAUAAAGUUACUUAGAAAUGUAUUGAUUGUAGAUGCAAACAACAACAACUGUAAAGCUUAAUAGAAAGCAGUGAAAGCUUCUACCUUCAAACAUUCCUUCUGGUUCUACAUCUUUCUCUUCCUGUGGCUCAGAGUCACUAUGCCUCACUUUACCUCCAGGUCAGAGUUUUAAUUAUACUAACAGGUAAAAAUAGUUACUAGUUAUAUAGAUCAAUUAAGAAAUGUCUUCUACCUUAGAAUUGCCUUAGCCUAUAUAAUAAAUUUGUGCCAUAAGGCUAAAUCAGCCUCAGUCCUGUGCUUCCUGUCGACAGCCUGAUGAAUCCUGUAUAUGUAAUACUGUAUGUGAGGGUUAACGCCUUGAGGGAAAACAUGUUUACAUAUUAAACUCAGUAAAUAAAAACAUUUAAUCUUA